AUGGUGUGGCUCCUAGAUCAAGAGUAUGACAGGGAUCACCGGGCUUUUCAUAAGACGGAGAGGACAACGGAUCUUCACCCUUUGAAGAUUCGUUACCAUGGCACAGUGGAUAUACCGUAUGACGAGAGGUAUACGGAGCACAUCGAGCCUACCGGUCUUCUCCCGUUCAUAUCGCUUGCUCCUAACGUCGGCGACGGUGGUGACCGGGCGAGAGCUCCCGCCGGCGCGUCUUUCUCUUGGAUCAGGACUAACUUUCGACAAUGCCCGGACGGGGCCAACGAGGACACUAUCAGGACGUACACCCGCGUGUACUUAUGGUACAUGAUUUCGAGGACUCUCUUUCCUGACAGUGGGGGGAAGCUGGCCCAUUGGUGUUGGCUGAAGGCGCUUACGGUGUUGGAGCACCGGUGGAGUUUGGGAACAGCGGCACUUGCCUACCUCUACCGACAGUUGGACGAAGCUUGUCGCUGGACUGGGAGCGGCGGUAUUGGUGGAUGCUUGCUCCUACUUUCCGUAUGGAGCUGGGACCGCCUAUCAAUUGGGCGGCCUAGGACACUCACCGAAAGGCCAUGGCCUCAUCACCAUGAGAACCUUGAUCGGGAGCCGACUUGGGCAUAUCUUUGGGACAAUGUCUCGGAGAUGACGAGCGAUCCAAAGAUCAUGUACAGGCACUACACUGAGGAAUUUGACACUCUUACCGCUGAGCAGGUAACCGUUCACGACUUUGCAAUCCUAGUUUUCAUAAAUUCUGUUGGCAUGUUCUAA